AUAUAUAUACAUCGCCUUUUAGACCUCAUUCCUGGACAAUUUGAAAAUAUCUCAAAAAUCAUAAUUGCAAUGUGAAAUAAUAUAACUUAUACUAAAUUUGUGAAGUGCGAAAAUGUGAAUCCGCCAUUUUGUGCGCGACAAGAUGGCGUCGACGAGUGUGUUCAGAUUCCUGGUGCUGUUAGCAGCACUUGUGUGGAUCGUGGCUGAUGAGAAGAACACCACGAGGGGCAAGCGGGAGCCGUGGACUAACGGCAGCUGGUUUAACAUGGGUCUACUAGAGUUCGAGAAGUGGACCAACCAGCCCGACCUAUUCUCCGAGAAGUCCCGGUUAUGCGCCCGGAUCCGAGGUUUGACGCCGGGGCAGCGACGCAUAUGUCGACGGCAUAAGGAUCAUAUGCCGGUGGUGAGCGCUGGAGUAAAGAAAGGCAUCACUGAGUGCCAAUACCAGUUUAAAGAGAGGCGAUGGAACUGCACCGUGACUGGAGAUGAGACAGUGUUUGGACCUCUAACUUUGAUCGCAUCAAGAGAGACUGCGUUUACUCACGCGAUCACAGCGGCUGGGGUGUCGUUGUCGGUGUCGCGGGCGUGUCGGGACGGGCGGCUGGCCAGCUGCGGUUGCGGCCGCUCGCCUCGUCCACGCCAUCUCCACACCGACUGGGUUUGGGGCGGAUGCGGAGACGACCUUGAGUAUGGGUACAAAUUCACGGAGGGCUUCGUGGACGUGAGGGAGCGAGAGCGGAAGGUAAAACGCGGCAGCCACGAGCAGGGCCGGCAACUCAUGAACCGGCACAACAACGAGGCUGGCAGACGGGCAGUGAUAGCGAAGUCGCGUGUCACUUGCAAAUGUCAUGGAGUCUCAGGAUCCUGCAGCCUCAUCACAUGCUGGCAACAACUGGCAUCCUUCAGAGAAAUCGGUGAUUACCUAAGGGACAAGUACGAGGGUGCGACAGAAGUGAAGGUGUCGCGUCGAGGCAAGCUGAGGCUCAGCAACCCACACUACAGCCUGCCCACUGCGCAGGACUUGGUGUACCUCGAGGAAUCACCUAACUACUGCGUCAGGAACGAGUCCUUGGGAUCUCAAGGUACUUCAGGACGUGAGUGCAACCGUACAUCGUCAGGGAUGGAUGGUUGCUCGCUGAUGUGUUGCGGCCGCGGAUACAACACGAAACGUGUGGUGAUCAAAGAGCGAUGCCACUGCAAGUUUCAUUGGUGCUGUCGCGUCGAUUGUAAUACUUGCGUGCGUUCCACCGAGCUGUAUACUUGCAAGUAGGGUGCCGUUAAAUUAGGUCAACAGGGCCCUCAUUCUGUAUGAUAGUGUAAACGCGUAACGCGGCCGUGUCAUGUUAUCUUCGAGAAAUGUGCGUGGAAUGGUAUUCUGUAAGUUAAAUUUCUAUAGUCCUAAACAUGACGCGUUGUGUUACGUGCUUGUUACGCACUGUUAAAAUAACGUGCGGGAUAGAGAAUAAGGCCCCAGAUAUGAAAAUAUCGAUAACUGAGAUGAAGUAAUAUAUAAAAAGUAGGAUCUUUUUAAAUUUAAAACCUGUCAAACUAAAUACAACAGGGGAAUUGAAAUAUUUUAAAACGAAUUUCCAUUUUUGAAUAUGGGACUGAGUACUGAUUGAGUUCGUCUUUAAAACGCACAGAAAGAAAUAGAGCGUGCUGUGCGCAGCGAAUGAUGCGUUUAGGCGCCGCGCAAUGUUUACUUGUUGUAGAAAACACUCCACCACUAUAAAAGCAGUUGCUUCGGACACUUCAGCAACAAGUUGACACGACGAGACGCCUUAAAGGAAUUUGACACGCCUUACUAAAAUUGGUUAGAUAUAAUUACAACUUUGAAAUGCGAAUAUGAAAGUAUGGUCAUAGGAGAAACAUUCUAUAAAAUUGUUUUAAACUUAUUAUUUGUUUACCCUUAUGUAAUACAAAUAAAUAUAUUAAUAAAAUGGUGGACGAAUCUUAAGGUGACCACAUACGUUCAAUUUCACAUCAGUCCAAACUGUCAUUUAGUUUCAGAUUCAUCGUGUAAUACAGAGGCCAUACUAAGAUAACGUUUACAUACAUUACCUAUCGCAAUAAAAAUAGCUACGUCGUUAAAUAAAAUCUAAUCUAUAUUUAAACAAAUUUUGUUAAUGCGUAAAUUAGAAACAUAAGCUAUUAGUUUAGUCUCAGCAUAAUGCAUAUUGAUAGAUUCAAUAGCAUUAAUUAAAUAUUUGGUAAAACUGAUCCAAACAUACGAAUUGACUUGUCAGUUUGAACGUCUAUAGGUCAUAAUGAUUUCUCACCUUUUCGGUUGACCAACACCUCAGUCCGCCCUGUGGCCACGAAGGCUGCAGUCUUCGGAACGUAGGGAGAAAGUAAUAAUAUAAAAACCACGAUAAAUUCUGUAAAAUAGUUUUAUUUAAUGUCUAUGGGUCUCCUAAAUAACAGUACUUAAAUAGAUUUAGAUAUUAUAUCUAAAAUCUUUGACCUAAACUUAUUAACGUAGUAUUACUGCUUGUAAUGUAAUCACACGUUAUGAUCUCAAAUUAGAUUUAAUUACCGUAAUUAGAGUAAUUGUAGUUAACUGUUAAUGUACUGAAAAUCAAUUUGAAACAUUCCUUCAGUGUAAUAUGGCGUAAAUAGCAAUUAGAACGUGUUGUAAUAUAUUAUAAAGAGGCUAAGUUUUAAGAAUAAAUUAUUUAUUUCGAAAAAAAAACUAUUUUACUCAUCGUUAUGACCUUUUCAGAGUUUUUUAAACAGAAGAUACCAUUGAUAUACCUUUCCCAGACUUUAAAGAUACUGUGAAAUGCUCUUUUAAUAGUAUUAAACAUUAUUCCCAAUAAAUAUGUACUGAAAAGUUGUAAAUAAUUUUCGACAACGUUUGUCAAAAUCAUGUAUGUCAAAAGUAUGUUGUGUUGUGCAAAAUUAUGUAUUAAAAUUACAUAUUACGUAUUAAAUAG